UUGACGGCAUUUAAAAAAAGCGGAAUAUGUCCGGUUCUCUUGUUACCUAAUUAGUAUGGCUGAAUGAAUGUAAAUCAGGGGAAUUUUAUCAUCCAAAAAUGCUCUCGAUUUACGGUACUGCGAAACAGUCGGAGUGAGAGUAAGGUUUGUGUUAGGAGGAGAAUGUUUUGCCGGAAAAGACGGAUCUCCAGAGAGAAUCUGGCUAUAAUUGGUUUUGUGUUUCUCGUAUUAUUUGCGCUCGUACAAUAUCAAGAGCUUUCCUCCUUGAAUAGCCUGAGGGGAUCACAGGAGGAUGUGGUGUGGAAGCAGUUGUCUUUAUACCCAUCAAAUCUCUCGGAAUUGUUCGUGGAUUUAACACCUGACAAUAAAAAUAAUGUCUCCUCGUACCACACACAGUCACCAAAACUUCUAAUACAAACAGCUGUCCUUUCGGAACCCUAUGUAAAUCAAAGACUUACACAAUAUAACGAAGCCUGCCGAGGUAAAGAGUUUGACAUUGGACGUGAACCAGAUCGCACCAUCCAAAACCACUUUCAGAUGAGCAAGUCACAUAAACUGAUAUACUGCAGCAUAGAGAAAGCCGGGACUACUUUCUGGAGAAGAGUGCUUCAAGUUCUGGACUCCACUAAUCUAGAAAAUCCUUACCAAAUCAAACCACUAAAUGUGAAUAAAAAGUCACAAUCACUAUUCAGGGAAGAUUUAUUUCGGAUGUUAGCAAAAUUAAGAACUCAUAUAGUAUUCAUGUUUGUUAGAAAUCCAUUCAAAAGACUGCUGUCUGGUUAUUUGGAUAAGAUAUACACAGCCAAUCCAUUUUACUGGGGGGUGCUUGGUAAAGAAAUCCGAGUCCCUAUAAAACAAACUACCAAAGUGGUGCGGUUAGAUCAAGUCGCAAAAUUAUCCCAAACAGCGAAACCUCCCACUAAAUGUUAUCAUAAUAUUAGUUUUGACGAAUUCAUCCAAUAUGUUAUUGAAGCAGAGAGUACAACUUUUCGAAGGAGAGACCCCCAUUUCAUGGCAAUGUACGAUUUAUGUAAGCCAUGCCAAGUACAGUACGAUUUUAUUGGCAAAAUGGAAACUUUCAAAGAAGACUUUACAUUCAUGAUGAAGACGUUAAAUAUAUCUAAGUUUGAUGUCAACGACUUAGAAGAAGAAGCAGGAGACGAUACUUUCAUCGACGUCGCCACAUCGUUAGAGGAGAGACGAGACGAGAUUGUAAAGUGUAUAUCGAUGCAUGAAGCUUAUCUCCGAUCCUGGCGACACAUGCAAAUCAAAGGACUGAUUAGUAUCGAUCAGAACUACCCCUACAGUGAGAAACAGUCCCAAUAUCUCAAACCAAUGCAGCUGAUACGGGCUAUGAAGGAAGCAAAACGGAAGUCUACCUCAAAAGAGAACAGGAAGUUACAGAAAGAAGGCUUCUUCAUAGAUAUAUACAGAACGGUGGCCUUUGAUAAACUAGUCAAACUUGUCCAUAUCCUAAAAAGUGAUUUCGAUAUCUUUAAAUACGAUGCGUAUCCUCAAUCAAUCUUUGCAUCAAACAUCAGGGAAAGGCUGAAAUAUUCCGAUGUAUUUAAUGUAUUUAGAUUAAAAAAGCUUUAAAAAUGUAACUCUGAAAGUGUUUCAUGCAUUGUGUUCUGUUAGGCCACAUACAUGUUAAUUUUCAAGUACCGUAUUCCUUACUAUUCAAGUUUCUAACAAUUG